AUACGAUCUGCAGUCGAUUAAUGACCCUGCGCACAGCUACGGAAAUACAAGCUAACACGUGGAAACAGUACAUCGCGAAUUUCGCUUUAGAUUUUUUGGGAUACGUAGUGAUUUUUCCACAGUUUGUAUUCAUUGGAGAAACGGAAGACAAGUUUACUGUCUAGUCAUUUUUCUUCGCCUAUAUUAGUAUGGCCGAGAGUAUAGAAGAAGAUGAUUCUGCGUACAUCAUCAAAGACGGGGACUAUGUUGUGUUAAAACGAGGGGACAUUUACAAAGCUGUUCAAAUUCAAAUAAAAAAGAAGGUGAUGUUUGAGAAACAAUGGCUUUUCUUAGAAAAAGCAGUUGGACAGCUGUAUAGUACUGCGUUUGAAGUAGUGUCCGGAGGUCAUCUAGAACCUCAGAAGGCGAAGACCACAGAGAGUUCCACAGAUGCUCAAGAGGCGGGCUCAGACAACAGGAACAUAGUGGACGACGGGAAGUCUCAGAAACUCACCAGGGACGACAUUGAGACACUCAAAGAGCAAGGACUCAAGGGACAGGAAAUCAUCCAGCAGCUCAUCGACAACAGCUCCACCUUCCGAGACAAGACUGAGUUUUCGCAGCAGAAGUACAUCAAGAAGAAAAAGAAAAAGUAUGAAAGCACCAUCACGGUCCUCAGACCCUCCUGUCGCAUACUGGCCAUGAUGUACCACGGCCGAGAACCGGGGAAGAUCUGCCACCUGAGGUACGAUACGCUGGCUCAGAUGCUGACUCUGGGAAACAUCCACGCGGGCGGAAAAGUCCUGGUGUUCGAGACGUGCGCCGGCCUCGUCCUAGGAGCGGUGAUGGAGAGGAUGGGGGGCUACGGUAAAGUGGUCCAGAUGUACCCUGGGGACGGGCCGGUGCAGGCGGGCCUGGAGAGCUUCGGCUUCCCCCCUCACUUCCACGACACGCUGCACACCUUUCCCAUCGGCCACGUCAACGCUCUGCUGGCGGGCACGCUGGACACCGGCCCACCCAAGGAGCUCGCGGCUGAAUCCUCAGACGCAAGCGUCCCCAGCAAGGAAGGAGAGGAAGCUGGACGGACAAACGCAGACACUGGGGGUGACGGAGGAGGAGAAGGAGAAGGCAAACCAGAGGAAGUUAAGAUGGAGACCUCCACCCCAGCCGAGGUGGAGCAGAAUGAGAGGGAGAAGUUGAAGGCGAUCAGACUUCAGGAGAAGCAGGACAGGAUGGAGGUGAAGAGGAAGAAGCUGGCAGUGGCUGCGGCCCUGCUGGAAGGGAAGAACGCCGAUGGGUUAAUCAUCGCCAGCCGGUUCCACCCCUCUCCGGUUCUACUGGGCCUGAUCAAGUUCCUGGCUCCCUCCAGACCCUUUGUGGUGUACUCCCAAUACAAAGAGCCCCUGAUCGAGUGCUACACAAAACUCAAGGAGAACAGCAACAAGGAGCACUGCGCCGUGAUCAACCUCCAACUCACCGACUCCUGGCUCAGGCAUUACCAGGUGCUUCCCAACCGAACGCAUCCCGUGCUACAGAUGAGCGGGGGUGGCGGGUACCUCCUCUCGGGCACCACGGUCGACAUGCAAUACGCCAAAGCCGCGAGUAGCCAGCAGGCCGUCGAGCAACCGCCGGCCAAGAAGCUAAAGCUAACCGGUAGUGAAGGCUAACGGGUCGGGGCCGUGUGGCUAACAUCCGUGACGGAGCUACGCCGGAGGGCAGGUCAACAGCGCGCCACUGGGAAAUAUUCAGCCUAUCCGAACUCUCACUGUGUUAUGUUAAGGAAACGUUCUCUGCGCUGCUAAGAAGAACGGACAGGCCGGAGUCUCAUCCCUUUAAGACGAGCCGUUGUAUUUUUUUUUAUCCCAUAAUACUCUCCAGCUCUGAGGCUCUUGCUGAGAGAAGGUUUUUUUGGUUGUUUCUAUUUUAUUUACUUUGCACUGUGGAUGACAUCUACUUGCUGCAUGUAAUUAAAUAGUUAUUUAAAACGA